AUGAAAAGGCGAUCGGUUUUGUUUUCAAUCACUUUCCGAUCGGCAGUUUCUUCAGAUGGGUGUAAACAGUGAGUUUUUCUUGAAAAUUAUUGUUAUCGAUUUGAUAAAAGUUUGCCUUUUUUUCUUAUUAUUUUUAUUUCAUGAAUUUUCAAGGUAUUUUAUUGGGUUUUCAGAUCUUUCAUUAUUCGCUAUACUAGUGGUCAGUGCAAACGCGCUUUUUGGCUUUUUGAGAGCAAGCCAAAGCCGGUAGAAAAAAAUCAGAGGUCAGUGGAAUGAUUUUUAUAGUUCUUUCUCGAGAACUUUCUGUGUUUUUUUCGUCGUAUGAAAUAUCUUUGAAUUUUUCUAAAAUAAGGCUCAAAAAAAUUGCUUCUAGGCUUCUUUUUCUCAAAUUUUUUUAAGAUUGAGAAUCUUUUUUUAUCUUGUUUUUUUAACUUCUGGCCGUCUUCUCUUCAAAACUUUAUAAAUCCUUGAAAAAAAAACCCCCAAAGAAAAAAAGAAUUUUUAAAGAACUCCGUUCGAAGUUGUUUUUUUUUCGCCAGAAACGCAUUUUAAGAUCUUUUUGAAUCAAGAGCCCUUCCAUUUUGAGUUUUAAUAAAACCAACUUUAAACAAUUAUUUCCAGCCAUCUACACCAAUCCACGUGACCAGGAAAGAUUCUGGAGAGUUGGGCGAUCACUUGGGAAAUGGCCACUUGGGCCAAUCAGUCCAUUUACCGAAACGGGGAUCUUCCAAUUCGAAUUUGGGAGAAGAUAUCGAUAUUCCACUUAAUAAUCCCAGAACGAGCUCGGUAAGUGAGUAAACGAGGACAUUAGCACCUGAAUAAAGGAAAAAUGAUUGAAAUUUUUUUUUGCUCUUCUUUCAGAAAACAGGCGAUGUUUUUUUUUUAAUGAAUGAAUGUUUAUUUCGCUCACAGACAGAUCUGUGGCGUAGAGGAAGAGAACCAUGAAAGUUAUAUUUGCCUCCACUUCGAUAAAGUUCCACUUUAAUCUAAAAAAAUAUUUUUAGGUCGAAAUCGAAGAGAAUCAAAAAGAAAAAGUAAUCUAUAAACGAGUUGAAUCAUUUUGUGAAAUUUGCAGCUUCCUUUAUCAAAAACCAAUUUUUUUCAAACAACUUUUAAAUCUUCUUUGGUCAUCCUCAAAAACCAUAACUCUGUUUAAGCCGUUCCAGUAUUUAUACACGCGUUGCGUAAUAAAGUUAUAGUGAACAUGAUGGAUUGGUGGUGGUUCGAGUUUUCAAGGCCGUUGCCUCUCAGUUGGUUUCGUCUAUUUGAUAUCGUUUGUAAUUUGAAUGGAGAUGGACACCAAUAAUAGCCAUAUAUGAACUGAUGUGUAAUUAUGAUAUCUUUUUCGCAGACGCCUUGUCCAUAGAGUGUCUAGAGAAAGGGAUUUUAGUCUUACAGCAUAGGUUUCUUUUUGGGAGAAGCCGUUUGGUGAAUUUUUCUUUGAACCGAUUCUAGCCUGUUUAUGUCAGAUUGGGUUAGUGGAGAGAAUAGCUCUGAUCCAUACUCUAAAAAUUGGUAGAAUUUUUGGCUUUAUAACAGUUCAUAAAGUUUUUAACGGAAAAAGUGAAGCAACGGAAAAGAUUAUUGAUUAUACGAAUGCUUUUUUUGACUAUUAUGUCGAUAUGAUGAUGCAUUUUCAGAUCGGAACUGAAAUUAACUCCUAAAUCUCUAAUCACCUCUUGUUUGGGGAUGGAUUCCUCUCCUAUUCUAUAGUCGUUCCAGAUUCCCCUUCUUUUACCAUACCGCACAUAGACGCUUUUAGAGCUAGAAAUAGAUAGUUGCCUUUCUAAAAGCCAGUAUCUUAUUGAGUUAAUAUCUGAUUGCAGCUUGAGGUUAUAAUUAUCAGUUUCUGAGCUUAUGAAUAAUUUUACGUCAUCUGCAUAAAUGAGCAUUUUUGCUAUGUUUUUACGACACUAGUUAUAUCAUUUAUGUAUAUCAAGAAAAACAACGGUCCUAAGCAGCUUCCUUGUGGAACCCCAGACAACACCUCGGUUUCGUUGGAUACCUCAUCAUUAAGGCGGACAAAUUGAGUUCUAUUUGUUAAGUACUGUGAAAACCAUUUGUGUAAGCGACCUACACACCCAUAAGCUUUUAACAUUUUAAUGAGCCUCCUAUGUGUGACUGAAUCGAAAGCUUUACUAAUAUCUAAAUAUACAACGUCCACAUUCUGAUUUCUACUGGCGCACUCGAUUAAAAACUUCUGUUUUUGAAGAAGUUGCGUCGUUGUAUUUCUAUUGUUGAGAAAGCCGUACUGUGAAUCAGAGAGUAUAUUGUUGCUCCAUAAGUGAUUUCUUAAAGCUCGGACAGUAAUAGAUUCGAAAACACGACAUGGAACGCAUGUUAGGCUCACAGGUCUGUAGUUUUCCGCUUUUUGAGGGCUAUUUUUUUUGAAAAUUGGUCUAACUAUUGAUUUCUUCCAAAGAGAAGGCAAUAUGGAGGUAUCCAAUGACUUCUGGAAUAUUAAUGAUAAAGGCAACGCUAGGGGAAGGGCAAGUUUUUUACAUAAAAUUGAUGAUAAGUUAUCUGGUCCGGAUGAGUAAAGAGGUUUUAAUUUUUUCAAUGCUUCAUAUACAACAUGAGGUUCUACGCUCACGUUGUCUAUAGUGAAUUGAGGUUUGAAAACUGGAUCGAAAGAUUUUUCAUCAUCAACUGUAUAUACGCUGCUGAAGUAAUCAUUAAAUACAUUUGCUUUGGCCCUGUCAUUUGUGAUCAGUUCAUCGUUCAAAAGUAAUGCAGGAGACUCUUUGAUUACACGUGUUUUUGAUUUGACGUAAUUCCAGAAUUGUUUACUCGAAUUCGAUUUUUCAAGAAUGUUUUUUUCUUGAUUUAUUUUAUAUUCUUUUAUGGAAUUCCGAUAAGAUCUCAUGCUGGCUUUGUAAAUUUUUAAAUUUUUCUCGGUACAAGACUUUUUAUAUUUUAUAUAAUUCUUCUCAGUUUUUCUUUUGAGCCUAAUGAGGUACGGAGGGAAUUUAAAAGGUUUUAUGAUUUUUUGUGGAACAAAUUCCGCUAUAAGUGGGUUGAGUAUGUCUAAAAAAAAGUUGGUACAUAGCCUCCGGAGAACAACAAGUACUAAACCGAUAAUUCCAAUCUAUGUAUGACAACUUUAGUUCAAGAGCUUCGAAAUUUGCUUUUUGCAUAGUCAUAAACCAAUUUUUGAAGAAUUUUUGUUAAAACUGGAUUUUUCGAUGUUCAAAGUGCAUUCAACCGUGUUAUGGUCUGACAGGGGCUUUCCUAUAUCAACAGUACUGAUAAGGCUUUUGUCCGAUACGAAAACCAAGUCCAAAAUAUUGUCACCUCUUGUACAUUCUCUAACCUUCUGUGUAAGACCAUAAUCACAAACUAUUCUAAGAAAACUUUUUGAGAUUGAGUCGGUUGCACUCAAAUUGUUCCAGUUUAUGUUCGGAAAAUUGAAAUCUCCGGCAAUUAUGUGGCGUCCGUCUCCAAUUGAUUCGUAAAUAUGAAACAUAUAUGAUGAAAAUUCUGAUAUGAAAUGCGGAUUCCAACCGGGAGGCCUGUAUACAACUGACAAAUACCAUGAAUUUUUGCUAUUGAUGUUUGUAAUUUUGAUGGUAAUGGAUUCGAAUGCUUCGGAAAUGUUCUGACGGACUUCGAAAUGUAUAUAGUUUUUUGGAUAAAGAAUGAGUAGACCACCACCUUUUUUAUGAUUGGGACGACAUAUGUAAACAGAAUUAUAAUGAUUGAAAUUCGUAAGUAGAUCUAAAUCAUCGUUUGAAUUUAACCAUGUCUCUGUAAAAAUGUAAAAGGUUGAGCUGCCAAUUCCACAUUCUGUUUCUAACUCUAUUAAUGAUUUCUUACUUUUUAACCCUCUUAGAUUCGACAUAUAUAGUUUGCUUUUAGUAGAACUCAUUGCGAAGACUGGCUGUUAUUAUUAUCUACGGGUUCAGAUCUUUCCUCCACCCCACCUGUCUUUGAAGGUACGUGAAGAGAUGCUGGGGCAUAGAGAGACUGGUUGUUGGUGGCGACGAUGGCAAGGUCCCGAACGACGUAGCACUUCCGACCGACUUCUUGGUUCAUGAUGUGGCACUGUUGACGGAGGCGGCGGUCUUCUUUCAGCUCUUCUAUGCUGAGGUCGUCGCGGGCGAAUGUUCCAAACGUCGACUGUCCGAGGGCUUUCUUGAUCGGGAAAUAGCUUUUUCCUUGAGGUCAAUUUCACUUUGAUGAUUCGAGUAGAACCGGCUCUUUUUGUGCCAUGACGGAAGACUUCGGCAAUGUGUGUUGGAUCGAUAUUGUUGGCUGAGAGGAUUUCACGAGCACAGCCGGUCAGGUCUUCUUGUUCCGCUUCUUGAUGUCCAACUACGACGAUGGUCAGGUCUUUUUUUCAUGGGCCGAUCUUGACUCCAACGCACGUUGAGCCUUCAUAGCAAGGGCAAGUGGCGAAGUUGUGGUAGGUGCGGCGACGACAUCCGAAUACGAUUUCUUGCACUUCAAAACAUCACGGACUUCACAGACGACGGCUGUGAGAUCAGAAAUUGUUCUCAAGAUUUCUUCGAACCGCUCGUCGGAUUUACGUUGCUGGUCUCGAAGAAGACGAAUUUCCUCUGAUUGGGCUUGAACGAGCCUUUCGAGAGCUGCGACCCGCUCCUCCCCGCGUGUGAGAGGCGCCAUCAGAGUAGGCGUACGGGAGACGACAGAGAAUAGAGGAACCGCACGGAUGACACUUUAAGCGUGGAAUGACACUUUAAGCGUGGAAUGACACUUUAAGCGUGGAAUGACACUUUAAGCGUGGAAAGCGUGGAAAGCAGCAUGUUCGAAUUUUAAUUGUUUACUUACUACUUAGCGAAUAAAUACAUGGAGUAAUAGUCGGCUUUUUUUUGGGGUGAGAUUGAAAGUGUGUCAAAUUUUACAUGAAUUUUUCUUUAUGAUCGGUAAGUCCAAUUUCGAAAACUCUCCGCACAAGCUUCCAAUACGUCAUUUUUGCCGUUGCCUAUAAAAAAGCCAUCUUCGAAUUUUUGCAUUUUAGGAGCCACCACGUUUGAAGUUCACAACGACUUCGAGGCCACUAGUUACAAAGUAAACCAUUAUUUUUUCUAAUCUAAAGAACCAUUUUUCCAGAAUACUCUCCUCAAGCGACAGACAUCCAUCAGCCAACUGUCCUAACCGUGUCGGCGCCUAUACUUUUGGUAUAUUUUUCCCGAAAUUUUUUUCGAUAAAAAGUUAAAGAUAGAGCAAGAAGUGUGGUUAAAAUUAUAGUUCUAAUGUUUUAGAAUACAUUUUUUGUGACACUGUACUAUGAAUCCGAUGACUUUCGAUGAUGGAUAUUUUGAAAAAUAUUGGGUCUUCUGCUAAUUUCAGGCUCACCAAUGAAAAUUAAUUUUUUUCGGUAUGAAAAUAAAUGGUCAAAAAAAAGUUUGUACACAAAAAGAAAAGUUGCAUUUUUUUUUUGGUAUUUUUCCUACCACAACCCUAAAAAGGGGCGGAGCCUCUCAAAGACCUAUGUAAAAUUUUCAGGACCUUGUGUAGCUAUUGUGACCAUACAAUGAGCUCAGAAAACUUAAUCUGAAAUUUCGGUAUCAACGGUUUAUCGCUGGGAGAACGUGUGUUAAAUAAACAUGUUUGAAAAUUUGUUCGAAAUUGUGUAAAUGAGGGCUCAAGAUGAUCAGUGUAAAAUAAUAUCUUAUCAUUUAUUCUCACAUUUCUACUUCUAAAAAUGUUGGUUCAGUCUUUUUUCUUUCUUAGGCCCUGGUGAGGACUACCUCUUCUCGGAGGACAAGGUCUACAUUGUGAAGAACGACCGGAUAAUUUCAUCCGAUUCAAUUUCCAAAAUGUUCCCGUCUGGACCUAGACACGUCAAUGCGGCAGUUUAUGACCAAGAAAGGGAGAUUCUCGUUGUAAUCGAAGAAAAAUCGGUUGGAUUUUCUGAAUAGAGUCUCUAAAGUGGCUCUGAAAUUCAGGUCUACGGCUAUAAACGCAAGGGAUCAGACUACAAACUUGAAUCUGUUUAUCCGAAGGUAAAAAUCAGAAGAAAGAGUGUAAAACACGUGAAAAAGAAGUGAAAGAGAGAUAAAUGAUACUUGAUUUUUCUCAUGUUGUACUUGAAUAAAAGUCAAUUUCAGUUUAAAAUCUUAGGAGCUACCAUCUUCUAUCGCCUUCACUCCUAAUGCGGCUAUCCGAUGGCAUGACAAGCAUCAAAUGCUUCUUUCGGUUUGGGAAAGAAUUCAAGAAAAAUCAACUUAAAAGUCUCUUUAGAACGGUGGAAUGUUCGCUCUGUAUGAUGAAUACUGGAACAAGUCGUUGAUGACUGGCCGAUCCAGUAGUUAUUUCAAGGUAUAAAAAAUAGAUUUCUUGGUCCAAAAUAAUUCCUCUUUAUUGUCAAUCCGUAAUAUUUGUCCAUAUUUCAGAACCUGCCUGACCGAGUCCGGGGAAUCUCCGAAUGGAAAAACGGCAAGGCCAACAUUUACACGCAGAGCUUGGUGUUCAUCUACGACGUCGCCAGGGACAACGUCGCCGGGGAAGGCGUCUCAGUACCGGAUUUCCUCCGUUGUUAA